CAACACACACACACACACACACAUGCCAGCUGAGAGUGACAGUGACUCUAAACACAGCCAUGGACAGAAAUGGGAAGCUGGGGAAUCCUGCAGAGAGGAAAGGGCGAUUAACUGCAGUCCUGGGACUGGCUACGCUCAUAUCUGGUUUUGGUUCGUCCUUCCAGUACGGUUAUAAUGUGGCUGUGGUCAACUCUCCAGCGCCGUUCAUGCAGCAGUUUUAUAACACCACCUACAUGGAGCGUUACAACACACCAAUAGAGGAAAACCUCCUGACUCUGCUGUGGUCUCUUUCUGUGUCCAUGUACCCUCUUGGAGGCUUCUUCGGCUCUCUGAUGGUGGCUUCUCUGGUUAACAAGCUGGGGAGGAAGGGCACCCUGCUCUUCAACAACAUUUUCUCCAUCGUCCCUGCUGUCAUGAUGGGAGUCAGUGAGAUUGCCAAGACCUACGAGAUCAUCAUUGUAGCCAGGUUUAUAGUAGGCAUAUGUGCAGGUCUCUCAUCCAAUGUGGUGCCCAUGUAUCUGGGUGAACUCGCUCCAAAAAACCUGAGGGGAGCUAUUGGCAUCGUGCCACAGCUUUUCAUCACAGUCGGCAUCCUCGCUGCUCAGGUGUUGGGCAUCAGACACAUACUGGGCAACAGCACAGGCUGGCCCAUCAUGCUCGGCCUAACCGCCAUUCCAGCCGUGUUGGAGCUCCUGCUGCUGCCCUUCUUCCCAGAGAGCCCCAGAUACAUGCUCAUUCAGAGGGGAGAUGAGAAGAACGCCAAGAAAGCACUGCAGCGUCUUCGAGGCUGGGAAGAUGUGGACGAAGAGUUGACAGAGAUGCGUGUGGAGGACCAGUCGGAGCGGGCCGAGGGCCACCUGACGGUGCUCUCCCUGCUGUCCCAGCGCUCUCUUCGCUGGCAGCUGAUCUCCAUCAUUAUCUUGAACAUGGGUCAGCAACUGUCCGGGGUCAACGCGAUCUACUACUAUGCAGACAGCAUUUAUGGGGGUGCAGGGGUCAAUCCAAAUGACAUCCAGUACGUCACGGUGGGAACAGGCGCAGUGAAUGUGCUCAUGACCGUAGCUGCUGUGUUCAUCGUUGAGUCCUCGGGCCGACGGCUGCUCCUCCUUUUAGGUUUUGGGAUCUGCUGUGGUGCAUGUGUGCUGCUCACUGUGGCCCUCAACUUUCAGGACACGGUGACGUGGAUGCCGUACAUCAGCAUCGCAUGUGUCAUCUUCUACGUCAUAGGACACGCCAUAGGACCCAGUCCCAUUCCCAACGUGGUGACCACGGAGAUGUUCAGGCAGACGGCCAGGCCUGCAGCCUUCAUGGUCGGAGGCUCCGUCCACUGGCUCUCCAACUUCACCGUUGGCCUCGUUUUCCCCUUCAUGGAGGAAGGCCUCGGCCCCUACAGCUUUAUCAUUUUUGCCGUCAUCUGUCUGGUCACACUGAUCUACGAAUGGAUGGUGGUCCCGGAGACCAAGAAUAAGACCUUCCUGGAGGUCUCCCAGAUGUUUGCCAAGAAGAACAAAACAGAGAUCAAACUGAGCACUGGCGAUCUGCCGCUGAAAGACGGCAAAGAAAGCCUGGCGGAUGCAGAACGGGUCACGGCCUUCUGAGGAAAAAUGAAAGCAUUGAGAGGAGAGGAAGUCUGAACUGCAGGGAGGGGCCAGCAGGAGUGUUGAGCAAUUAAAUUCAGUGGUUGAAUGUUCUAAUCCUUAAUAGCAAUUUCUAACACAUUGUAUGUCAUUUAUUUGUGGCAGUUUAUAUUUUAAGUUUUUAAAAACACUCUGAGGGGAUGUCAUGUCAUUUCAUUUAGCUGUAAAUGUGUGCUUGACCCAUUAAACAGACCAACAAAUCUCUUAAAAAGCCUUUAUUAAAGAUGUACAGAUAUGAAUACAUAGAGGAAGCUGUGACAUACAUUUUAAAUAUAGACCUACAUGUGCCGACAGGUUUUUUAUCCUUCAUUACGCAUACCAUAAGCAUUUGGAAACCCCACCAUCAGCAGUAAUAUUUGUGUUUAUUGCAGCAUUUCUAAGACAAGCAGCGGAGGCCUUUCAGGUGCAUCGGUACUGGUUGUCCAGCUGUACCCCUCCAUACAGACUGAGUUUGGUGCUUCCCCAACUGAGCACAUUUCCCACCACCGUGCUGUUACUCUCACAUGACAUCUGGUACCUGAUAUCUGCUGUGGUUAGCACAUAGUCCCAAACGUUGACGUCGGUCAUCUUACCCACGAAGGCGUCCAAGUUGGAGAUUCCCAGCAAUCCAUCCUGGUCUUUUCCCAGAAUGAACACCCCGCCGGGGCUGACCGUGUAACCGGUUUUCAGGUACCGCUGCUCCCCCACCAUGCCGUUGAUCCAGAGCUCCACCCCACCGGUGUGGGACGACCAGGUGACGCAGUAAUUCGCCCAGUCGUGGGGCCUGAAAUUAUGCGGCAGGUUGACAAACUCGUUGCCGAUCCAGAGGCCCACCUCUCUUCCAUCUCUGUCUUCGCCGAUGGUGAUCAUGAGCUCGUUGUCGUUGCCGUUGCUGGAGUAGGAGAUGGCAGUGUGGACACCUUCAACCUGAGGCAGGACAUGCAUGCAGACAGUGAAGGAAUCCAGAUCCAUGGGAUGGCUGAUGCGGGCCAAGGCAUAGCUGCCAGAAUUUCUCUCCUGGAAGUUGAGUACCAGAGGAAACAGAUCGUUUUGGUCUGGGGACAGAAGAACUACAGUCAGUUUGCAGAGCAAUAAACACGUCUUCACGGUUUAAUCUCAAAAUUACUCACCGUAUCUGUAAGGCCGUGAGCCACGAGGUCCUCCUAAAGAGAAUAA